CGGCUCCCGCGCCCUCAGAGCCUGCGGGUCCCGCAGGACACGGACACGGACCGGGGCGACCGACCGACCGGAGCCGCACGAUGUCGGCCACGCUCUACGUGCUCUCCACGCUGGGCGGAUACGUCCUCACCUCCGCGCUCCUCCUCAAGUGCCCGGGGCUGCUCCACCGGCCCAAGCGGCAGCGCUUUCGCUGCCGGCACAUCUCGCACCGCGGCGGUGCUGGAGAGAACCUGGAAAACACCAUGGCAGCCUUUCACCAUGCUGUGAAUUUGGGGACAGACAUGCUGGAGCUGGACUGUCACCUGACCAAGGACGAGCAAGUGGUCGUGUCCCAUGAUGAGAACCUGAAGAGAUCCACAGGAGUGGAUGUCAACAUCUCUGACCUCAAAUACUCGGAACUCCCACGGUAUCUCUGCAAGUUGGAUGUCACGUUUCAGAAAGAGUGUCAGUGUGAGGGGAAGGACAACCGGAUCCCCCUCCUGGAAGAGGUGUUUGAGGCCUUCCCGACAACUCCUGUCAACAUUGACAUCAAAAUGAACAACAAUGUGCUGAUCAAAAAGGUUUCGGACCUGGUGACUCAGUACAAGAGGGAGCAUCUGACGGUGUGGGGGAAUGUCAAUUAUGAGAUUGUAUCCAAGUGCUUCAAGGAGAACUCUGACAUCGCCACCAUCUUCUGUGCACAGCGGGUUCUCCUGCUGCUUGGCCUGUUCUACACUGGUCUGCUGCCCUUCAUUCCCUUCAAGGAGGAAUUCUUUGAAAUUCCCAUGCCCUCCAUCAUCCUCAAGCUGAAGGAACCACAGAAGAUGUCAAGAAGCCAGAAAUUCAUUAUCUGGUUGGCUGACACGUUGCUGAUGAGGAAAGCACUGUUUGACCACCUCACAGCUCGGGGCAUUCAGGUGUACAUUUGGGUGCUGAAUGAGGAGCAAGAAUACAAGAGAGCAUUUGACCUUGGAGCAACUGGAGUGAUGACAGACUAUCCCACAAAACUGAAGGAGUUUCUACAUAAUUAUCCAGCCUAGAGGAAAGGAAACAGAGGAAGUUCUUGCAGAAUAGAUUGUGAGCCAAGGAUUUUCUUCAUUUAAAAAAAAAAAAUAAUAAUAAUUGGGGGGCAGCAUCCACAGAUCAUUUUGCUGGAAAGACGUAAUUGGAUGAUCUGUUGUCAAGUCACUACCUAGUGUAAAGGUUGUCUAUUUAUUUUACAGCUGUCAAGACAUAGUUUACAUCUGUAAAUAGCUCAUUUAGCAGUGGCACACUCCACAAAUGGUGGUGACUGGGAGGAGAGCCGGGUACCCUGUAGAUAAUGAGCAUUGUUUCACCUGUCACAAGUUGUUCCUAAGCAGCUGUCAAGACAUGCCAGUUAUUCCAGUUAUAUCCUAGUGAGCAGAAGGUGAAGGAUUUCUGGAAGUGGUAGCCUGUGUGUUUGCAUUUCUUGUGUUGCUUUUAGUUUUCAGGUAACCUGUAAAGCAAAAGGAAAAAGAAAAAAAAAAAAGAAACAGGCA